GUCGGCCGCUCUCCCAGCCGCGCCAGGGCUUGACGCCGCCCCGCCGUUGCUUCCACUUUGAAAGCCUUCAAACCCGCGUUCUGGGGCUCUUCCCACUGUCCGCUCCCCACCCUCCCCCCGACCCCCCGCAGCUGUCCAGUAACCCCCGGGCUGACCGGCACUAAGUCUCUGCGCGAUUAAUUAUCUUUAAAUGCUUGCGCAGACUUAAAGGCACCACGAGGACGCCGCGCUGUAUUGUUUUGUAAAUAUUUCCUUAUUGCAAGGUUGCGAUUCGGAGUAUUGAAAUCACUGAAGCAUUUGACUAUUUCUAAGCGAUUUUUAGUGGCAUUCCUUUAUCGGUGGGUAAUUACGAAGUUGUUUUUGAGUCUCAGAAUAGACACUCGUAUUAGCAACAAUUUAGUAAAAAUUGCUUAAAUACGCUUAUUACGAUGGAGGUUUGAAUGUGUGUAUUUGUUUUGUUUCUAUAAUCAUAAGAUUAUAGAAGCAAAGAUUCUAAAGCCAGAAAACAGUUCAGGAGUAUACGCCAACCCCAUCAGUUUACAGUUUUUCGUUUUUUGUCUUUUUAAAGCGAGCCAUCUGGAAGUUCUUUUGCAAGUAGAACCCACAUUUUCUGACUGUCUCGAUACUAUUAUAUGACAGAUGUAACAUUACUGACUCACUCACUGAAAUAAAGUACAUACUAUCUAUGUUAAAUGAUUCUCAGAUCCAAGUUGGUUUUUGUUGUUUUGUUUGUGUGUUUAUUUUUAAUUUGGUGCAGUAUCAGGACGGGAAAAUUAGAACUGACCUUUGAGUGCCUACUAUACCUGGCAUGUGCUAGGAACUUUCAUAUUCCUAAUCUUAUAUAAUCUUUACCGUGCCUUGUAAGGUAAGUAAUAACCCCGUUAAAAGUAAGGAUGAUGAGUCAAUGGGAAUGAAUGAUGGCCAUUUGACCUCAAGGGUAGGAGAUUCCAACCUAGGUAUAUUGGAUUUCCAAAGGCUAUUUUUUCUGUGAUAAACUAAGGUAAACUAGAUGACUAUGUUUUCUUCAUGUCUAAUCUUUACACCAUUUGUUCUUUAUGAAAAAGGAGCCUAGAUCCAUUGAUGGUUUUAUGUAGAAGAAAUACUUUGAUUGUUUUUUUAGCUCUGCCACUUGAAGAUGUAGAGGUGUCAAACUUCAUCUGCUAUAUUGAUUCUUAAUAUUGUAAAAGUUAAGUGAAAAAAUCUAAUUUAACAUAGUAACUGCAAUAUCUCGUAUCUGGUGACAGUAUACAUUUAUUUUGGGCCUAUAAAUGAAAUGUCUGAAUAUUUUUAUCUCAUUUUAAUCUUGAAAAUUAUGUAAUUAAUUAGAUUCCAGGUGUUCAGGUGGCAAUCAGUGAAUAGAAUCACUUUGUUUUCUACUACUUACUGAUUCAAUGAUACGAUGCUGUUAAGAACCACUCUGAAAAGUGCCAUGCAGAUUUAGAAAGGGUUUGCUACAGGCAUACCUUGGAUAUUGCAGGUUUGGUUCCAGACCACCACAAUAAAGCACGUCAAAUGAAUUUUUUGGUUUCCCAGUGUAUAUAAAAGUUAUGUGUAUGCUAUAUUGUGGUCUCUUAUGUGUGCAAUGGCAUUAUGUCUAAAAAAUGUACAUACCCUAAUUUAAAAAUACUUGAUUGCGAAAAAGUGCUAAUUAUCAUAGCUUUCAGCAGGUCCUAAUCUUUUUGCUGGUAGAGGGUCUUGCCUUGAUGUUGAUGGUUGCUGACUGAUCAGGGUGGUGGUUGCUGAAGGUUGAGUGGCUGUGGCAAUUUCUUAAAAAGAAGAUGAUGAAGUUUGCAACAUCAAUUGACUCUUGCUUUCAUUAAUGAUUUUUUUAUGGUAUGUGAUGCUGUUGGAUAGCAUUUUGCCCACAGUAGAACUUCUUUCACAACUGGGGUCAAUACUCAGACCCUCCUGCUGCCUUACCAAGAAUAGAAAAUGUCAUAUUCUAAAUCCUUUGUUGUCAUUUCCACGAUCUUCACAGAGGCCUCACCAGCAGUAGAUUCCACUCCAAGAAACCACUUUCUUUGCUCAUGCAUAAGAAACAACUCCUCCAUCUGCUCAAGUUUGAUCAUGAGACUGCAGCAAUUCAGUCCCAUCUUCAGUCCUAAUUCUAGUUCUCUUGCUAUUUCCACCACAUCUGCGGUUACUGCCUCCAGUGAAGUCUUGAUUGAAUCUUCAAUUUGUAAAAAAAACAAAAAAAGCAAAAAAAAACACAGUAUCAAGGGGGACUUGGGUGGCUCUGUCGAUUGGGCGUCCGACUUUGGCUCAGGUCAUGAUGUGGCGGUUUGUGAGUUUGAGCCCCACGUCGAAUUCUGUGCUGAUCGCUCAGAGCCUGGAAACUGCUUUGGAUUCUGUGUCUCCUCCUCUCUCUGUCCCUCCCAUGUUCAUGCUCUGUCUCUGUCUCUCAAUAAUAAAAUAAAUGUAAAACAACAACAACACAGUAUCUGUGAAGCGCAGUAAAGCAAAGUGCAAUAAAACAAGGUAUGCCUGUACUUUUUAAAUUCCAGGAAUUAUCAGCAGCUAACGAAUGUCUAAGGCAUGAGUGGAAGGAAAGAGAGUGGGAGGCAAAAAAGAAGACCUAGCAUAUCUUGAGGAAAAGUAGAAUCCUUCCAACAAGUGUUUUAUUGAGACCCUUCUGAAAAGAAGAUAGCUGAGAGCCCUUGGAAUCUGGAGUCAAUUGAAGACAAUGAAGUAUAUUUGCCUAAUGAUGAAAUUUGGACCUAUGAUAUUGAUAGUGGGUUGUGGACCAUGCACCUCAUGGAAGGAGAACUCCCUACCUCCAUGUCAGGAAGUUGUGGUGUUUGCAUUAAUGGAAAGCUGUACGUUUUUGGAGGAUAUGAUGACAAAGGAUACAGCAAUCGAGUAAUAUUUUCUUUCAAUUCAGGAGUGCAGCAAAAUCUUUAUUUUGUUAAUUUGCGAACAAGAGAUGGAACCUACGUUUGGGAAAAAAUCACCAAUUUUGAAGGACAACCACCAACACCACGUGAUAAACUUUCUUGCUGGGUAUAUAAAGACAGAUUAAUAUAUUUUGGUGGCUAUGGGUGUAGGAGACACAGUGAACUCCAGGACUGUUUUGAUGUUCAUGAUGCAUCUUGGGAAGAACAGAUAUUCUGGGGGUGGCAUAAUGAUGUUCAUAUAUUUGAUACAAAGACACGGAGUUGGUUUCAACCAGAAAUUAAAGGUGGAGUCCCACCGCAGCCGCGAGCCGCGCACACGUGUGCAGUUCUUGGAAAUAAGGGCUAUAUCUUUGGCGGACGUGUUUUGCAAACUAGGAUGAAUGAUUUACACAGUCUGAACUUAGAUACCUGGACUUGGUCUGGAAGGAUUCCUGUUAAUGGAGAAACCCCCAAGCAUCGGUCAUGGCAUACUUUAACACCAAUAGCUGAUGAUAAACUUUUUCUAUUUGGUGGACUAAGUGCAGACAAUAUUCCAUUAAGUGAUGGUUGGAUUUAUAAUGUCACAACAAAUUGUUGGAAACAACUUACACACUUACCUAAAACAAGACCCAGGUUAUGGCAUACAGCCUGUUUGGGGAAAGAAAAUGAAAUAAUGGUAUUUGGUGGGAGCAAAGAUGAUUUACUUUCCUUGGAUACAGGCCACUGUAAUGAUUUACUGAUCUUUCAAACACAGCCCUAUUCACUACUCAGGUCAUGCCUAGACUGCAUUGGUAAAAAUGCUAUAAUUUUAGAAAGUCAGAUAUCUUUAUUACCUCCUAAACUUCUGCAACAAGUGCUCAAAAAAAUAACAUUCUGGACUGCAGCUAAUCACCGAGAAGAACAAAGAAUCCAAAAAGAAGAAACUGAAAAUAAGUAUCAGUGGAUCAGUAGCAAUUAAGUUGUCAUAUACUCUCUAUAUUUAAUAUGUGUACACAUUUUAAUCAGACUGUAUAUUUACCGCCCCCCCCCAAAAUUGGAGGAUUUAGAAGAUAAAAUUUGAAACAAAAAUGCUAUGUCCUAGUGAUUAUAGGCCAUGGAAUAUAUGGGAAUAAGAUGUUAAUGGAAGAUUAUAUUUUAUAUUUGUAAACUAAUUUCCUAAUUAGCUGCAGGAAGAAAUAUACUUUCUGAAAGUACGUACAAUUGUAAGAGAUUUUAACUCACUGUGUACUCUUUACUGAAAAGUUUAUAUGAAUUUGAGGAGAAUGAGAAAUUAGCCCAAGGACUUAAGAAAUCCCCCAACAUAAUAAUAGAUAAAAAUACUAUACAUCAACUUUCAGAAAGAAUGGAUUUUCUCAAGCCACUUAAACAGUAUCUAAAGUUUCUUAUUAAGUAAUCCAGUAAUUUAAAAACUUCUCCUUCAAUAACUGAUGCAGCUGGGCAAAAUGAUAAAAUAGGCAAGCGCCGAUAUGGAUUAAUUAGUGGACUCCUACCCUUUAGCCCUUACCUAGUAAAGUCUUAUUAAGCUUCAUUGUAACUUGUCCCCACCUUUAUUUGAAUAGCAGAAUAAAUGCCUUCAGUUGUCUUUCAUUACCCCUAAGUUACUAGCUAAUCCAACUUUAUAAAGACCAUGUUUUAAAGUGUCUAAAGUGGAGAUUAACUUAUCAUACAGACUUUGAAAUAUGGGGAAACAGUAGAUAUAUUACCUUUUGAGACACAUCAAAAUAUAUUUUUGCCCUGGAAGAAUGCUUCUAAAGUAGUUUCUUCAAGUAAUGAAAUGGGAUGGUAACUUAGUAAUUUGCCUUUAUAGAAACCCUGCUAUUUGGCCCAUAGGGAAAUAUGUUGUCUUCCUAUUUAUUUUCAGUAUUACCUGCCUAUACAGAAAUAGCAUACUAUAUUUAUAUUCCUUUAGCCAGUACUUUUGCCAUAAUUAAGAAGUUACUCAUAUUGUCACAGUUAUACACUUUCAUUGAAUUACAAAUAACAAUGAAUUAUUAAGAAGCUCAGUAUAUAACAUUAUUCUCCCUAACACCACCAUUCAAGUUAUCUCUAAAAUUUAAAAUACUAGAGAGAAUAUAUUUCUAUAUUGAAAUAUAUAUGUAAUUUAUAAUUAUAAUUAUAGUAGUUUGUAGUAUCUCAUUAAAUUUUAGAUAUAUUUUAUAUAUAUGCACCAUAUUUUGGAUGUGUAAAGGCUUCUAUUUAUGUAUUGAAAUACUUUGUGCUUACAUUUUAUUUAUUAUACAAACUCUAUAGAUAUACUAUUUUCCUAGUUUUGUUAGUGUAAACCAGUCAUUAGAGUCGAUUGUGCAAACAAGAUUUCAGUGUAAGUUUUCUUUUUCUUUUCUUUUCUUUUCUUUUUUUUUCUUUUUUUACUAUUUUUAGGCUGAAAACAGAUUUAGAAAAAGGAUCUCACAGGCAAUAUACAUCCUAGAAGUAAUUAUUACUAUGAACUUCUGUUAUCAGCAUUUUUUAAGGGGAAAAAAUAUGAAAACCUAUUGGAUAGGGAUACAUGACAUUGAAUUCAAUGAACAUCUUUUAAAGUGUAGAUUAUGGGAAUUUAAAUUCUAGAUUAGGCAGACACCUCUCUAGCCUCUUAGAAAAACAUUUCUGGUUUUAAAUGGUUUACUUGGAAUGUUAAAAGUUGGAUUCGCCCCCUCGAAACACACUGGCGUUUAGGCUUCACGAGAAAUCUGUUGCCUGUGGCACACAAAGCCAGCGCUGCUCUUUUUUGACUUAAUAUACUGUGCUGCUUCAAUAGUAGGAGUGGCAGGAAAUUCUGAUCCUUACCUGCAAGUUCCCCAAGUUGACUUUAACCAGGUUUUGCUUCUCUUCUGUUAGGAGCGGUAGAAAUUCUGGGAGCCUGCAAAGCUCGUUUCAAAGCCUCAAAGCCAGGCAUUAUUAAUCCUUCACUUCUCACUAGCUGAUGGUUUCCUAUCAACUCUUGUGCUGCUGACCUCCAUGGUGUAGAGGAGCCAAAGACAGUGACAGCCUCAGAACUUUCUCUCGGAACUCCCCUUGUGUGCUCUCUGUUCGGAAAACAAUUCUGCAGGGGUUGAUAGUUUUUUUCAGGUGGUUCACAAAAUAGGUUUCCAAUCUCGUCCUCAAGGAAAAAGGAUUUCUGGCCAUCUUUAUUUUGUCUUUCAGGAUAUUUUUCCAGUUGUCAGGAAGGAUUCUUUUGAGCAUUAAUCAUCUUUAGUGUGGUACAGUAAAUAGCCCAUCUAAGUUAGUGUACAUUUUUUUUUUCCAAAUAGUGUCUUUGCACACAUACCCUUAAAAAAUGAUUAGCCUUUGGAUAAAAGCUUAAAAGUAUUCUUUAGAACUUUUUACUUUCAGUCCAGGAUGAAGUGGUGCUUUCACUAAUACCUUAUUUAUAUUGUACGUGUAUGUGAGAGAGAAAUAAUAUAAAGUCACGAAUUUUUGGGGGUAGUAUGUACUGUCUGACAAAAAAAUUUUGACUUCAGAAAAUUUCAAAAGAAAAGAAGCAAUUUUAAGAAACAUAAUGCUCCCUGUCCACCUUGUGUAUGUGUGUGUGUAUGUGUGUGCGUGCACAUGCAUAUGCGCACACCUGUUUUUUCAUUGUAUUAAUGUGAUUCUACUGGAAUUUCUGGUUUGAUGAGGUUACCACACAGUCCAGCAUGUGGGUACAGCAAGAUCAUUCUUUAUCACCCUGUUACAGACUGAAUGUGUUUCCCCCAAAUUCAUAUAUUGAAACCCUGCUCCUCAAUCAAUGUAGUAUUUGGAGGUGGAGUCUUUGGAGGUAAUUAGGUUUAGAUGAGGUCAUGAGGGUGAUGACCCCAUGAUGGGACUCUUGUCCUUAUAAGGGGCAGAAACCAGAGCUCACUCUUCUCCUGCCAUAUCAGGAUGCAAGCCCAUGAAAAGGGCUCCCACCUAGGGUCGAAUCUGCCAGCACCUUGAUCUUGGACUUCCCAGACUCUAGAACUGUGAGAAAUAAAUGUCUGUUGUUCACACCA